CCGGCGGCGGCGGCGGCGCCAUGGACGAGGCCGUGGGCGACCUGAAGCAGGCGCUGCCCUGCGUGGCCGAGGCGCAGACCGUGCACGUGGAGGUGCACCAGCGCAGCGGCAGCACUGCAAGGAAAGAAGAUAUAAAGCAGAGUGUUAGAAAGCUACUCAACAGACAUAAUAUUGUGUUUGGGGACUACACAUGGACUGAGUUCGAUGAGCCUUUUCUGACCAGAAAUGUGCACUCUGUGUCUAUUGUUGACACAGAGUUAAAGGUGAAAGACCCACAGCCCAUUGAUCUGGGGGCCUGCACAAUUGCACUUCACGUCUUCCAGCUGAAUGAGGGCGGCCCCAGCAGUGAGACUCUGGAAGAGGAGACUGAGAACAUCACUGCAGCAAGUCACUGGGUCCUGCCUGCAGCUGAAUUCCAUGGGCUUUGGGACAGCCUGGUAUAUGAUGUGGAAGUCAAAUCUCAUCUCCUUGACUAUGUGAUGACGACUUUGCUAUUCUCAGACAAGAACGUCGACAGCAAUCUCAUCGCCUGGAACCGGGUGGUGCUGCUGCAUGGUCCUCCGGGAACUGGAAAAACAUCCCUGUGUAAAGCGUUAGCCCAGAAACUGACCAUUAGACUUUCCAGCAGGUACCGGUAUGGCCAAUUAAUUGAAAUAAAUAGCCACAGUCUCUUUUCUAAGUGGUUUUCGGAAAGUGGCAAGCUGGUAACUAAGAUGUUCCAGAAGAUUCAGGACUUGAUUGAUGACAAAGACGCUCUGGUGUUUGUGCUGAUUGAUGAGGUGGAGAGCCUCACGGCUGCGCGCAACGCUUGCAGGGCAGGCGCCGAGCCUUCGGAUGCCAUACGCGUGGUCAAUGCCGUCUUGACCCAGAUCGAUCAGAUUAAGAGGCACUGCAACGUGGUGAUUCUGACCACUUCCAACAUCACGGAGAGGAUCGACGUGGCCUUCGUGGACAGGGCUGACAUUAGGCAGUACAUUGGACCACCGUCUGCAGCAGCCAUCUUCAAAAUCUACCUCUCAUGUUUGGAAGAACUGAUGAAGUGUCAGAUCAUAUACCCUCGCCAGCAGCUGCUGACCCUCCGGGAGCUGGAGAUGAUUGGCUUCAUUGAAAACAACGUGUCAAAGUUGAGCCUCCUUUUGAGUGAAAUUUCAAGGAAGAGCGAGGGCCUCAGCGGCCGUGUCCUAAGGAAACUCCCUUUUCUGGCUCACGCACUGUACAUCCAGGCCCCCACCGUCACCAUCGAGGGCUUCCUGCAGGCCCUGUCUCUGGCAGUGGACAAGCAGUUUGAAGAAAGGAAGACGCUCUCGUCUUGCAUUUGAUCUGAGCUCCCUGCCUGUGGGUUUCGCAAGUGACGUUACUGCUCAUGGCAGCAGCUGCCCAGACGUCUCCAAACACUCGGCGCAC